AUGCGGCUCACACUGGCCAUUCACAAAGCGUUUGCAACUCAGAAAGCGAAACGAGAGGAGAUCGAUUUUGUGAUUAGACCGAAUUCAGAGGAGAAGACAAUCUCUGUUUCGUUACUGGUGAAGCAGGAGGUAGCCGCAGUUUGUGAGGUCGCUGCAGCCUAUCGCAACUUUGGAUCAUCAGCCCUUGUUUCUGAUUUGGCAAACAUCCUUCGUGCAGUGUCUGCUGGUAACGAGUUUUCUAUAGUUGCGAUCUCUACCAAUAGCGAUCGCUUUGGACCCCUAUUUCCAUAUACAACAAACACAAUAGAGCCAUCUAUGCUAGGACAGAUCAUAAGUACAGUACGUGACGAGCUUAAACAGACGAAGAAAGCACCGGUGCGGUAUUUGAUAACCCUUUCUUGCUUAUGUAUCGCGCAACGUGGCCGUGUAGUCGAUAUGCUUUUCCCAGAUAACACCGAGCUUAGCCUAAGCAGAGAUGAAGCCGGUAAUGUGUAUUAUGAAAAUCUAGCAGAGGUGGCAUGUUCUUCAAAUGAUGAGCUUGCUGCCAUUCUGUUGGCAAUUCAAGGCGAGUAUACACGAGUGGCCGAAGCUUCUAGGCAAAGUGAAGUAAGCCCAGUAAGCCCACCCCGUGAUCAAAGCACAAAAGAAACGAAAGUACCAGCUCUUCGCCUCAAUAUUGCGGUGCGUCAGUAUAAGAUGACAAGAAAGGACGACAGCGAGUCUGACAGAGAAACUGAAACAUUGACACUUGACGCGACUUCAUCAUCUGGUGGUUUACAGCUAUCGCCUCCUGGUGAAAAGAUCAAGCCUCAUGAAAAGCCUGCAAAGGGGCACUUCUGGAAGGAGAUUUCUACUGGGAAUAUGAGCUUUUACUACAUUACUCUACAAGACGUUCUCGGAAUACUCAGUAAAACAUCUCGUCUCAGCACAUAUGUACUUCCAGAGAUGAACAGACCAAACUCUAGUGCAUUCUUCGAAAUAAGUCCCGAAGCAGAUUCUAAGCUAUGCCUAAUGGCCUUUGACCUCAUGAAUGACCUUCUUCAUAGGUGCUCGCAUGCCUGGAGAGCUGCAGGCGUUAAUAUCUUUCGUCUCAACGAGGCGCAGUCUCAUCGCUCAGGGUCUACCGAUCUUGUCUCUAGUCGCCCUCGCUCCCGCUCCUCCAGGAGCUACUUCACAAUGGAAGAUCUUGACACUUGUGAUGAUAUCACUCCGCAGAUUAAUGUUCGGCGCAUCGAAAGGCAGACUGAAGCGGAAAAGAGGUGCAGCGAGUUUAAAACCCAAAUAUCCAAGCAAGCACAAGGAUACCAAGACCAACCUGUAACUAGGGCUCCAGCAACAUCCUUGCAAAAGGGCUCUAUCUCCAGGCACAGUGAUUCGGAAGAGUCUGCUGAUGCUUUUCAGCUAACCUCCGCCCAGAAGCCUACCAUUCUCAGCAAGAAGCAGCGACGAGCGUCUAGUCGCACCGGAAAAGCGACAGUGCAAUCGCGUGGAUCUAUGACAGGCACACGCCUUUCAUCCAUAACCGCUGCUUCUACCCCCACGCAAGGCAGUACUGUACAUCGAUUGAACGCUGAGGUUCCCGAUACAGCAACGAAUCUGUCAAAAUUUACACACAUGCUUCAUCUUACCAGCAAACUAGCGGAGGAGGAAGACAAAACGCAGUCUAAAAAGGGUUCUGGCUCUGCUGGCAAGCGUACAGGCCAGAUACCGGAGCAGCAGAAGCGCUCUGAGUCUCGCCGGACACUGUCCCCGACGAUUGUCCGUCCACGAGAGCAGUCUGCUGCUGAUGCACGCAUUGAGCGGGCACAUAUGACUGCCAAGCAAAGUCAGAGCCCCCACGUGGGGGGUAUUAAGACUGUGAGUAGCAUGCUUGAGAAAACAGAGCUCCUCAAUCUUAGCAGGGGAAGCUCAGUCGGCAGUAGAUCCGAGAGUAAGGGAAAAAUUCGGCCUAUGAGCCAUGAGCAUGCGUCUCCACACUCUUCUAAGGGAGCGCAGAUGGCGUCUCCAACUCGCAGAGCCAGUAGAGCCAGUGACCGGCGCGCGAGCACACAAAGCCCAACCCGUAAUAGAUCAGAACUGGACAUUCUUUCACAGUAUAGAUCCAUGCGCAUCCCUGCAGAUGAAAAUGGCCAGUUUGACAUGUUCUCUAAGAUGCAACUUGAAAUAAAGCGAUUAGCACGUGAGUUGGAAGAAACUCGUAUUGCUAAGGUCGUUACAGAGUCGGGAAGAAAUAAUCUAGUGGCGGAGAAUACUAGACUGAGAGAAGAGAUUGCUAGUUUAGUGGAGAAUCAAAAGUACAAGACUCACACAAUUAAGCGGUUGGAGAAGCAGCUCAUGGAAGCCAGGGCAAAGCCUGCAAAAAUGCAUAACUUAGUGACCCAAGGUGUGACUCAAACCCCGGUAAGUUCCUUGGGAGGCAAAAAGCAACACUCAUACGACGAUCUACUUUUGGAAGUGGAGUCUCUGCAGGCGUUAAAUAAUGAACUACAGGCAGAACUAGCUGGACACCGGAAUCAGCUCUGUAAAGAGUCCACUUAUCCGUCAGAAGAUGUCAAAGAAUUACCUCCAGAUACAGCAAUGCGUGAACUUCAAAUACUCUUGCAGAACUGUAUGACUGAGAACAAAAACUUGCGGCUCGAAGUUGUUGCGCUACAAGAGAUGCUUGAUGUUCAGCGUCUGUUAGCACGCAUCUCACCGAGGACAACCAGUGGAGACGAUUCUUCUAUUAAGCAGCAACUUGAUGAAGUGAUUACAAUAAACAGGCAAUACGAAGUACAAAUAUCAAAGCUCGAAAGGGCGGUGGCGGCUGCAGAUGAAAGGCUGAAUCUCUACGAGGCACGUCAGAGCCGAGAAGCACUUCUUGUGGAAACCAUCACACAGUUACGAAGCCAAAUCCAUCACAUGACUAAGAAACUCCUUGCUUAUGAACACCAAGCAGGGGAUGGUGCUUCUCCACGAGCUAAGUAA